GCAGUGACAGUGCGAGGGUUAGGACGCCGCUGUUGGUGGGUGCUCACACGCGCGUGAGAUGAGUUGGACUUGUACACGAGGCCAGCCAGCAUGACAAGUGCACCACAUUGGUCAGGCCUUUUGGCCUCAGCUAUCCUAGUGGCUGUUGCUACUGUAUGGCUCGUGUGGACCAUAGUGGCCACACCAGGCUACUCUUCUAGUCACUUGAACAUAGUGAAUAGGGCAGAGGACGCUUCAAGUGGAACUCCGAGAGCCCAAGCGUGGAGGCCGGGUAGUGGCACGGAGCAGGUGUGGGUGAGGGCUGAACACGCCCACACGCCCGCUCAGGACGGCAGUGGGCGUGAGGGUGGGCGGGUGUACAGGUGGGAGGCACUGGGAAGGGAGUGGGCGGUACGGGUGUGGGAGGACGCGGGCUUCCUAGCACCCUCUAUGCUCAUGCGCCACGAGUCGGAGCGGGAAGCCACGGUCAUGCCGCCCACCCUCCACGCCCGCUGCUUCUACACGGGCGUUCUCCUGGGCGCCAACGACUCCGCCGUGGCUCUCAGCAUCUGCAGAGGACUGGUGAGUAACCGUACCUGCCUUGCCCUGUAUUUUGAGAGUCUGUGAUUACCGGUAUUCAUU